AUGAAGUCUCUUUUCUGCCUCCUCGCUGCCGCAACCGGAAUAGCCGCAGUAGCGGAGAACCCGAACCGCCUGUACGAGCGAGACGCCGCAAGCACGAAUGCCACGCUGAAGUCGAUCAACCCGCAAGUGCUGAACCCCUUCGGCAUCAGCGACCGAGCCCUGCAACCCUCCGACGUCCUCGCGCGGCGAAACGACUGCGGUGUCGGCUACGACGACUGCGGCAUCUACUGCUGCAUAUCCGGCAGCCAGACCUGCGUCAGCGACAGCUCGGGCGUCGCGCAGGGCUGCUGCGACGCGGGCGAGAGCCUCUGCGGCACGAGCGGCUGCUUCGACGCCCAGACCGAGGUCUGCUGCAAGGACAACGACGGCUACCAUUGUCUGCAGGCGCAAACCUGCUGCGGGACGGCGUGCUGUGAUGCGGGAUACACGUGCGCGGAUGCGAAUGCUGGGACCUGCAAGCUUUCGAAGAAGUCUGGCGGCGAGAAGAUGCUGAGGUCGUCGACUGGGCUGUCGGGUUUGUUUGCUGCUGCUGCUGUCGUCGUUGGCUCGGCUGCUCGGGGGCUGGUGUGA